AAGCACUAAUAAUUACCUCUCAAAACCUUCGCUUGGCCCAUAUUUAGAGGGUCGCAAGCAUGCUUUAACAGAACCAAAUUAUUGACAUUAAUUCGUAAACAACGCAAAGAUAUCAUCCUUGGUACUGUUGAAGCCUGACAUCCCUAUAAAACUGAUAUAACCAGUAACGAACCCUGUAAAGUCAAGCCCGGAUUCCUAGACUAAAAUAUUAACUAUAGUAACAUAAUAUUAAGAUUCCUCUCUUCCUUCUUACAUGACCUUGAUAGGUUAUGAAAUGACCUUUCAGUAGCAGCUUACAAGAACCCUUUUAACACGAAUAAAACACUAGAUUACCUCUUCCUUUUGAAACCCUCGACAACAUUCUUUUACUUUUUUCUUUUGGCUCCCAUGCUGUAGUGGAAUCUUUUUCUAGAUUUGGUUGGUAGGAUGACAUCCUUGUCAUCAAUUCCAAUUCAACACUUCAAGCACCAUUUUUAUGAGCGAGAAGGAAUGUACAGUUUUUGUCAUUGAUUUAGGCGCUGAUAUGGGCGACUGCCAUCAUGGCAGACAACGCACAGACUUAGAGUUGGCUUUGUCGUAUUUUCAAGACCAAAUUUCGCGCAAGCUUUUGCUUAAUAGAAAAACCGAUGUAGUUGGAAUUGUGACAUUUAAAUGUGAUGAAACGAAAAAUGACUUGGCAGAGCAAGAAGCUUACUGGAAUAUUAAUGUCAUUUAUCCAAUUCAGACGUCAUUGUUCACAAAACUACAAGCCGUAAAAAGCAGGCUCGUACCGAACAGAACAAUGCAGGGUGACUUAAUAUCUGCAAUUGUUGUUUCUUUUGAUAUCAUCGCUCGAUUUUGCAAAAAAAAUAAAUGGAGGAAAAACAUGAUCGUGCUUACAGGCGCACGAGGGAUUUUCGACUUUAGCGAUUUUCUGGGAAUAUCUGAGCAAAUGGUACAGCAUGAUGUACACUUAAGUUUAAUAGGAAUUGAUUUUGACGAUCCGAAAACUCAAACUUAUGAGGAUUCCAAAGAUCCAGAGAAGAAGGAGAACGAACUACAACUGAGGCAGUUUGUUGAAAGCUGUAAUGGAACCAUCAUCACUUUUCAAGAGGCAGAAAAACACAUAGGAGAUCCUUUGGUACAUCGAGUUCGUCCUGUAUCCGUAUUUAAAGGAUCCUUAACUAUCGGCAGUGAUGACAUAAAUGAAAGCUCUGUAACCAUUCAUGUAGAACGAUAUCCCAGGAUACGUGUGACAAAACCUCCUACUUCAACUGCUUUUAAUGCUGGUUCCAAUACUGAGGAUGAACAUACAGAGCAAUUUCCAUCUUCGCAGGAAAAGCCAUGGGAAUCGAAUGCUAUAUCAACAGUACGCUCAUAUGUCGUCCGAGAUUCUCAGACAAAUGAAGUUUUUGAAGUGGAUAGAAAAGACUUGGAAAGUGGAUACAGCUACGGACGUACCAUUGUACCUAUAAGUCGCUCUGACGAAGAUAUUUUAGCAUUGGACACAAAAGCGGGCUACGAAGUUAUGGGUUUUAUCCCAAAAACAAGCCUUCCAUGCUAUUAUACCAUUAGUGAAUCAAAUAUUGUAAUUCCUAGGGGAGAUGAGACAAAUAAACAAAAAUUCUCCUCUUUCGUACAAUCUUUAGAACGCGAGCAUAGAUAUGCGCUGGCAAGAUAUGUCUCAAAAGAAAGAGGUCCGCCAACUUUACUUGUUUUGAUGCCUUUUGUUGAAUCGAAAAAACACUAUCUAGUAGAUGUUCAGUUGCCCUUCGCAGAAGAUGUACGACCAUAUCAAUUUCCAGACCUUGAAGAAUUGUCUGACCCUCAAGAGAAGCAACGUCUCGAUGAAGCUAUGGAUCACUACGUUGAUAAUAUGGAUUUGGACUCUUCUGAAUGCCCUUUUCAACCAAAGUUUGAACCAGAAAAUACGUACAGUGCUGUUCCUCACCGCCUUUUACAAGUAAUUGCUCAUUUCGCUGAGUCUCCAAACGAAAAAUUACCAUCUCCACCGGAAUACUUAUUACGUUAUACUACUCCUCCGGCAAAGAUGCUUGACAAAUGUGCUAAGGACUUGGAUAUCAUUUCAGAAACAUUGUCUGUUGUACAGCCAUCGGAACCCAAGUAUGCAUCUCAGGAAACCGCAUUGGAUAGCGGCGCCCCUAUAUCUGAGCAAGAGAUUGAUGAAUUAUUAAAUGCUGGUAUUGAUGAACAGGAAGAGAAAGCGUUAGUGUUGCAUGUAAGUGAAAAGGACCCUGUGGGAACAUUUACGGAAAUACUAAAAAAUCCAUUUGGGCUGGAAGAUGCUCUUUCUGAAAUGGAGGGAGUUGUACGAAGGCUUAUUGCAAAAGAACAAACCGAUUUAGCAUUAUCGUCUUUACAAGCCUUACGUUUUCAUUCAAUUUUAGAGGAUGAGGCAGAUCGUUAUAAUAGGUAUAUCACACAAUUACAAACUGACAUAUCGGAAUCCGUCUUACCCAGAACUAAUGAUACUCUGUCUAGGAUAACUUCAGAUCUCGCCCCAAUUCAGUACGAAGAGCUUACGAAGGUUCGCCCUCAUGAAUCAAAUAAAUAAAACAAUUGAUAUUGUUUGAUUUGAUCAAAAAAAGAAAGCUCGAUAAAAUGGUCUUUCAAAUAUUAUUUAUUUCAAUUAGUUUCUGAAUGCGAAAAUUUACUUUGAAACGUCUCGACUGUUAAAUGCAAAAACUUAUAAAAUAGAACUCAUUCUUAAAGAAGUUCGCCCUAGGAGCUUUAGUAUUAAAUAAAAAAUGUCCAAUUUAAUGAUUGUAA